AUGCGUUUCACUUCCGCUAUACUCGCUGUCCUCUCUGUUGGUCUUGUCCCGGCAUCGGCCAGGUCCGUCCUCGUUGAGCGGGACCAGAGCAUCAUUACUGGCGAUGAUCGGAAGAUUCCUGGCGACUCACCACUCGAGCUGUGCGAUAAGGACCACGGGAAGGAUAUCGUUCACAUCAAGAAGGUCGACCUCUCGCCCAACCCUCCCAAAGCUGGCGAGGACCUUGUAAUCACAGCCAGCGGAACAGUUGACGAAGAUAUUGAGGAAGGGGCCUACGUUCUGCUUCAGGUCAAGUACGGCCUCAUUCGCCUUAUCAGCACCAAGGCGGACUUCUGUGAGCAGGUUGGCGAGGUCGACCUGGAGUGCCCCAUCAAGAAGGGCGACCUGGCCCUCACAAAGACUGUCAAAUUGCCUGCUGAGAUUCCUCCUGGAAAGUACACUGUCUUCGCCGAUCUUUACACCAAGGACGACGAGCCCAUUACUUGCUUGACGGCCUCCGUUGCCUUCUCUCGUGGAAGCCUCCUUGGAUUUGAGCUGUGA